AGCAGGAGGAGGAGGAGGAGGAGGAUUAAAGAUGGCCACCAACAGCUGCGGGAAACGGCAACAACCCCUCACUUUCUGGGAUGGUCCCUGCGGGUUGGCCCGGCCUUGAUGGAGAGGAGAGGCCCGAGGAGCGCCGAGGCUGAGGCGGCGGCGGCGGGGACCCCGCGAGAAGGAAGACGCGGCGGAGCAGGGACCAAGGCAGGAGAAGGGAAAGGCGGCAGCGUCGCUGCCCCGACCGCCUAGCGCCGCUACCCGCCGGGGCGGACCGUACCCGCACCUCGCGGCCCCAGAAUCGAGUCGGCCCGCAGCCCCGCUCCCCGCAGCGGGGCUCCCGGGCCCCGCCGCGGACGCCGCGUCUGCAGCCCUCUCCCCGUCGCCUGCGCGCCGCCGGCGCCCGCCGCGGUCCCGCUCCGGGGCCAGGCCGGCCCGCCGGCGCCCUCCCGCCGGCCCUCCGGUGUAGGUGUUCUCUACAUCUGCUUCAGGAAGAAAGUGCCUGCCAUUCUUAUUUCUCCGUGGGUUCAUGCCAGCCCAGAACAGAGAAUCAGAAUUAGAAGUGUUUAUCACCAACCAGCCAAGAUGAACAUGGUGAAGAGGAUCAUGGGGAGGCCGAGGCAGGAGGAGUGCAGCCCGCAGGACAAUGCCUUGGGACUGAUGCACCUCCGCCGUCUCUUCACUGAGCUGUGCCAUCCUCCCCGGCACAUGACUCAGAAGGAACAAGAAGAGAAAUUAUACAUGAUGCUGCCAGUGUUUAACAGGGUUUUUGGAAAUGCUCCGCCAAAUACAAUGACAGAAAAGUUUUCUGAUCUUCUGCAGUUCACAACACAGGUCUCACGACUAAUGGUGACAGAAAUUCGAAGGAGAGCAUCAAACAAAUCCACAGAAAAACAGUGUACCCUGCCGCCCUCCAGGGAUUUCAGAGCCACAACACCUUCAGAGGCUGCAAGUCGGGCCAUAGUCCAGUUCCUGGAGAUCAAUCAGAGUGAAGAAGCCAGUAGAGGCUGGAUGCUUCUGACAACUAUUAAUUUGUUGGCAUCCUCUGGUCAGAAAACUGUGGACUGCAUGACAACGAUGUCAGUGCCUUCCACCCUGGUUAAAUGUUUAUAUCUGUUUUUUGACCUUCCACAUGUGCCUGAGGCAGUUGGAGGUGCACAGAAUGAGCUACCUCUAGCAGAACGUCGAGGACUACUCCAGAAAGUUUUUGUACAGAUCUUAGUGAAACUCUGCAGCUUUGUUUCUCCAGCGGAGGAGCUGGCUCAGAAAGAUGAUCUCCAGCUUUUAUUCAGUGCAAUAACCUCUUGGUGCCCUCCCUAUAAUUUGCCUUGGAGGAAGAGUGCUGGAGAAGUCCUUAUGACCAUAUCCCGCCAUGGUCUUAGUGUCAAUGUAGUCAAGUAUAUUCAUGAAAAAGAAUGUUUAUCUACUUGUGUUCAGAAUAUGCAGCAAUCAGAUGACCUAUCUCCCCUAGAAAUUGUCGAAAUGUUUGCUGGGCUUUCUUGUUUUCUCAAAGACUCCAGUGAUGUUUCUCAAACACUUUUGGAUGAUUUUCGGAUAUGGCAAGGAUAUAAUUUUCUUUGUGAUCUCUUGCUUAGAUUGGAACAAGCAAAAGAGGCAGAAUCCAAAGAUGCCUUGAAAGAUCUGGUUAAUCUGAUAACUUCCCUAACAACAUAUGGUGUUAGUGAACUCAAACCAGCUGGUAUUACCACAGGAGCACCCUUUUUAUUGCCUGGAUUUGCAGUACCUCAGCCUGCAGGCAAAGGUCACAGUGUGAGAAACAUCCAGGCCUUUGCAGUUCUUCAGAAUGCAUUUUUAAAAGCAAAAACCAACUUCCUUGCCCAAAUCAUCCUUGAUGCCAUCACAAAUAUUUACAUGGCUGACAGUGCCAAUUAUUUCAUCUUAGAGUCACAGCACACACUGUCACAGUUUGCAGAGAAGAUUUCUAAACUCCCAGAAGUACAAAACAAAUACUUUGAGAUGCUGGAGUUUGUCGUUUUUAGCUUAAAUUAUAUUCCGUGUAAAGAACUUAUUAGUGUUAGUAUCCUCUUAAAAUCUAGUUCUUCUUACCAUUGUAGCAUUAUUGCAAUGAAAACUCUACUUAAGUUUACAAGACAUGACUACAUAUUUAAAGAUGUGUUCAGGGAGGUGGGCCUUCUGGAGGUCAUGGUAAACCUUUUGCAUAAAUAUGCUGCCCUCUUGAAGGAUCCAACCCAGGCACCAGAUGAACAAGGGGACUCAAGAAAUAAUAGUUCCGUUGAAGACCAAAAACACCUGGCUCUGUUAGUUAUGGAGACUUUGACAGUGCUUCUUCAAGGCUCAAACACAAAUGCAGGAAUUUUCCGAGAGUUUGGGGGAGCAAGAUGUGCGCACAAUAUAGUAAAGUAUCCUCAAUGCCGGCAGCAUGCCUUGAUGACUAUCCAGCAGCUGGUGCUCUCUCCAAAUGGGGAUGAUGACAUGGGGACUCUCCUGGGGUUAAUGCAUUCAGCCCCACCCACAGAACUGCAGUUAAAGACUGACAUUUUAAGGGCCCUCCUUUCAGUCCUUCGAGAAAGCCAUCGUUCGAGAACAGUUUUUAGGAAAGUUGGAGGAUUUGUGUACAUUACAUCCUUGCUUGUUGCUAUGGAAAGAUCUUUGAGCUCUCCCCCAAAGAAUGGCUGGGAGAAAGUGAACCAGAAUCAAGUGUUUGAACUUCUCCACACGGUGUUCUGCACAUUGACUGCGGCAAUGCGCUAUGAGCCAGCCAACUCUCAUUUCUUCAAAACAGAGAUUCAGUAUGAGAAGUUGGCAGAUGCUGUUCGAUUUCUUGGCUGCUUCUCAGACCUAAGAAAAAUAAGCGCCAUGAAUGUCUUCCCCUCAAACACACAGCCAUUUCAAAGACUGCUAGAGGAAGACGCGGUCUCAGUGGACUCAGUGUCACCCACUUUACGGCACUGCAGUAAACUCUUUAUUUACCUCUACAAAGUAGCCACAGAUUCUUUUGACAGUCGUGCAGAACAGAUUCCUCCUUGCCUGACAAGUGAGUCUUCUCUCCCCUCUCCUUGGGGGACACCAGCUUUGUCAAGGAAAAGGCAUGCAUAUCAUUCUGUUUCAACUCCCCCUGUCUGCCCUGCAAAAAAUGUUGCUGACCUGAAACUGCAUGUGGCGGCAUCCUCUCUCCAGAGCUCCGACGCUGUCAUCAUCCAUCCUGGAGCCAUGCUUGCCAUGCUGGACCUCCUGGCCUCCGUUGGGUCAGUGACACAGCCAGAACAUGCUUUGGACCUUCAACUUGCUGUGGCAAAUAUUUUACAAUCCCUGGUGCACACAGAAAGAAACCAGCAAGUCAUGUGUGAAGCUGGUCUUCAUGCACGACUGCUGCAGAGGUGCAGUGCUGCCCUGGCUGACGAGGACCAUUCUCUGCACCCACCCCUGCAGCGCAUGUUUGAACGCUUAGCCUCCCAGGCCCUGGAGCCCAUGGUGCUGAGAGAGUUUUUACGUUUGGCAAGUCCUUUGAAUUGUGGUGCCUGGGACAAAAAACUGCUAAAGCAAUAUAGGGUCCAUAAACCAAGUUCAUUGUGUUACGAGCCAGAGAUGAGAAACAGUAUGAUCACUUCCAUGGAAGGUCUGGGUUCUGACAGUGUUUUCAGCUUACCUGAAGAUAACCAUUACCGGAUAAGCAAGAGCCUGGUAAAAUCUGCAGAAGGUAGCACUGUACCCUUGACCAGGGUGAAGUGUCUGGUCUCCAUGACAACCCCACAUGACAUCAGACUUCAUGGGUCAUCUGUUACGCCAGCAUUUGUUGAAUUUGACACAUCCCUUGAAGGGUUUGGCUGCCUGUUUCUGCCUAGUUUGGCUCCUCAUAAUGCCCCUACAAAUAAUGCUGUCACAACAUGUCUUAAUGAUGGGGCUGUGGUCAGCGGCAUUGGUUCUGGUGAAAGGUUCUUCCCUCCUCCGUCUGGCUUAAGCUACUCUAGCUGGUUUUGUAUUGAACAUUUCAGUUCUCCUCCUAAUAACCACCCCGUCAGACUCCUUACUAUUGUUCGCCGAGCAAAUUCUUCUGAACAGCAUUACGUGUGCCUUGCCAUAGUUCUGUCAGCAAAAGACCGAUCUCUGAUUGUUUCCACUAAAGAGGAACUACUCCAAAAUUAUGUUGAUGAUUUUAGUGAAGAAUCCUCUUUUUAUGAGAUUUUGCCGUGCUGUGCCCGCUUUCGAUGUGGAGAGCUUAUAGUUGAGGGACAGUGGCAUCAUUUGGUUUUGGUGAUGAGCAAAGGCAUGCUGAAAAACAGUACUGCAGCCCUCUAUAUAGAUGGACAGCUUGUUAACACUGUAAAGCUUCAUUAUGUUCACAGUACUCCUGGGGGUUCAGGCUCUGUGAAUCCCCCAGUGGUGAGCACAGUCUACGCCUACAUCGGCACUCCACCUGCACAACGCCAGAUCGCUUCAUUGGUUUGGCGCCUGGGACCUACACAUUUUCUAGAAGAAGUUUUACCUCCUUCAAAUAUUACUACCAUUUAUGAACUCGGACCAAAUUAUGUUGGAAGCUUUCAGGCUGUGUGCAUGCCAUGUAAAGAUGCAAAAUCCGAAGGUGUUGUCCCUUCUCCUGUGUCAUUAGUUCCAGAAGAAAAGGUGUCCUUUGGUCUGUAUGCACUCUCUGUGUCCUCCUUGACAGUGGCGAGAAUCCGGAAAGUAUAUAACAAGUUGGAUAGCAAAGCCAUUGCCAAACAGUUAGGCAUUUCCUCCCAUGAGAAUGCCACUCCUGUGAAGUUGAUACACAAUUCAGCAGGACAUCUUAAUGGACCUGCACGGACCAUUGGAGCUACUCUGAUUGGAUAUUUGGGAGUAAGAACAUUUGUCCCUAAGCCUGUUGCCACUACUUUGCAGUACAUUGGUGGAGCUGCAGCCAUCCUGGGCCUAGUGGCCAUGGCCUCUGAUGUGGAAGGGUUAUAUGCAGCAGUCAAGGCCCUGGUUUGUGUGGUCAAGAGUAACCCACUGGCCAGCAAAGAAAUGGAAAGAAUCAAGGGCUACCAGUUGCUGGCAAUGCUGCUUAAGAAGAAACGCUCCCUUCUUAACAGCCACAUCCUCCAUCUAACUUUCUCCUUGGUGGGAACUGUUGAUAGUGGACAUGAAACCUCCAUUAUUCCCAAUUCAACUGCUUUCCAGGAUCUGCUUUGUGAUUUUGAAGUGUGGCUCCAUGCACCAUAUGAACUUCAUCUUUCCUUAUUUGAACACUUUAUUGAACUGCUCACUGAGUCCAGUGAAGCUUCUAAGAAUGCCAAAUUAAUGAGGGAAUUCCAGUUAAUCCCAAAGCUGCUACUGACCCUUCGAGAUAUGUCUUUAUCCCAACCUACCAUUGCUGCUAUUAGUAAUGUGCUAAGCUUCUUGCUACAAGGUUUUCCCAACAGCAAUGAUCUGCUCAGGUUUGGCCAGUUUAUUUCUUCUACUUUGCCAACCUUUGCAGUUUGUGAGAAAUUUGUAGUUAUGGAAAUAAAUAAUGAAGAGAAACUUGACAUGGGAACUGAGGAAGAGUUUGGAGGUCUUGUAUCUGCUAAUCUCAUACUUUUGAGGAACAGACUUCUAGAUAUCUUGCUGAAACUAGUUUAUACAUCUAAAGAAAAAACAAGCAUUAACUUUCAAGCUUGUGAAGAACUGGUCAAGACACUGGGUUUUGACUGGAUUAUGAUGUUUAUGGAAGAACACUUGCAUUCCACUACAGUGACGGCAGCCAUGAGAAUUCUUGUUGUCCUGCUGAGUAAUCAGUCUAUUCUCAUCAAGUUUAAAGAAGGACUCAGUGGUGGAGGAUGGCUUGAACAGACAGAUUCUGUCUUAACCAAUAAGAUUGGAACUGUAUUAGGAUUCAAUGUGGGCAGGAGUGCCGGUGGGAGAUCAACAGUCAGGGAGAUUAACCGGGAUGCUUGUCAUUUUCCUGGUUUUCCAGUUCUUCAGUCCUUCCUUCCUAAACAUACUAAUGUCCCUGCCCUCUAUUUUCUCCUCAUGGCAUUGUUUCUGCAGCAGCCAGUUAGUGAGCUGCCUGAGAACCUGCAGGUCAGUGUGCCUGUCAUCAGCGGCCGAUAUAAGCAGGGUGGCCAGUUUGAUUUGGAUUCUAUCUGGACGUUUAUUUUUGGAGUUCCUGCCUCCAGUGGAACUGUGGUUUCUUCUAUCCACAAUGUAUGUACAGAAGCUGCUUUUUUAUUGUUGGGAAUGCUCCGCAGCAUGCUGAAUUCACCUUGGCAAUCAGAAGAAGAGGGGUCCUGGCUCCGGGAAUAUCCAGUGACCCUGAUGCAGUUCUUUAGAUAUUUAUAUCACAACGUUCCAGACCUUGCCUCCAUGUGGAUGAGCCCCGAUUUCCUGUGUGCCUUAGCAGCAACUGUCUUCCCCUUCAAUAUUCGCCCUUACUCAGAGAUGGUGACGGAUCUUGAUGAUGAAGUUGGAUCUCCAGCUGAAGAAUUUAAAGCCUUUGCUGCAGACACAGGGAUGAACAGGAGCCAAUCAGAAUACUGCAAUGUGGGCACCAAGACAUAUCUGACCAAUCACCCAGCUAAAAAGUUUGUUUUUGACUUCAUGCGGGUCUUAAUAAUAGACAACCUCUGCCUUACCCCUGCCAGCAAGCAGACUCCACUAAUUGAUCUUUUGUUGGAGGCUUCCCCUGAAAGAUCUACAAGAACUCAGCAAAAAGAAUUUCAGACUUACAUUUUGGAUAGUGUAAUGGAUCAUUUGCUUGCAGCUGAUGUGUUAUUGGGGGAAGAUGCAUCUCUGCCUAUUACCAGUGGAGGAAGCUACCAGGUAUUGGUGAACAAUGUGUUUUAUUUCACACAACGUGUGGUGGACAAGCUUUGGCAAGGCAUGUUCAACAAAGAAUCUAAACUUCUUAUAGAUUUUAUAAUUCAACUAAUUGCACAGUCAAAGAGAAGAUCACAGGGAUUGUCAUUGGAUGCAGUUUAUCACUGCCUCAAUAGAACCAUCUUAUACCAAUUCUCACGGGCACACAAAACUGUUCCUCAGCAAGUCGCUCUCCUUGAUUCGCUCAGGGUCCUUACAGUGAACAGGAACUUGAUCCUGGGACCUGGAAACCAUGACCAAGAAUUCAUUAGCUGUCUGGCUCACUGCUUGAUUAAUCUACAUGCUGGAAGCAAUGUGGAUGGAUUUGGACUGGAAGCAGAAGCCCGCAUGACUACAUGGCACAUUAUGAUCCCCUCUGACAUUGAACCAGAUGGUGGAUACAGCCAAGAUAUUAGUGAAGGGCGUCAGCUUCUCAUAAAAGCUGUUAAUAGAGUGUGGACUGAGUUGAUACAUAGUAAGAAACAAGUCUUGGAGGAGCUUUUCAAAGUAACUCUGCCUGUGAAUGAAAGGGGUCAUGUGGACAUCGCAAUAGCAAGACCACUCAUAGAAGAAGCUGGUUUGAAAUGCUGGCAGAAUCAUUUGGCCCAUGAGAAGAAAUGUAUAAGUCGAGGAGAAGCGUUAGUGCCUACCACACAGUCCAAAUUGUCCCGUGUCAGCAGUGGCUUUGGUCUUUCCAAGUUAACAGGAUCAAGAAGGAAUCGAAAGGAAAGUGGUCUUAAUAAACACAGUCUUUCCACCCAGGAGAUUUCUCAGUGGAUGUUUACACACAUCGCUGUUGUUCGUGACUUAGUAGACACACAAUAUAAGGAAUAUCAAGAGCGUCAGCAGAAUGCCCUGAAGUACGUGACUGAGGAGUGGUGCCAGAUUGAGUGUGAGCUGUUGCGGGAGCGAGGGUUAUGGGGUCCCCCCAUUGGUUCCCAUCUAGACAAAUGGAUGUUGGAGAUGACAGAAGGACCCUGCAGAAUGAGGAAAAAAAUGGUGCGAAAUGACAUGUUUUAUAACCAUUACCCCUAUGUGCCAGAAACAGAGCAAGAGACAAAUGUGGCGUCUGAGAUUCCAAGUAAACAACCUGAGACACCCGAUGAUAUCAUUCCUCAAAAGAAACCUGCUCGAUACAGAAGAGCCAUAAGUUACGAUAGUAAAGAAUACUACAUGCGAUUAGCGUCUGGCAAUCCAGCCAUUGUCCAGGAUGCCAUAGUAGAGAGUUCAGAAGGCGAAGCCACACAGCAAGAGCCAGAGCAUGGUGAAGACACAAUUGCUAAAGUCAAAGGUCUGGUCAAGCCUCCUCUAAAACGCUCUCGGUCUGCACCUGAUGGAGGAGAUGAGGAGAACCAGGAGCAGCUACAAGACCAGAUUGCUGAGAGCAGCGCUAUAGAGGAGGAGGAGAAAACAGACAAUGCCACCUUACUGCGCCUAUUAGAGGAAGGAGAAAAGAUCCAGCAUAUGUACCGUUGUGCUCGAGUCCAGGGCCUAGACACCAGUGAGGGGCUACUUCUUUUUGGUAAAGAACACUUUUAUGUGAUUGAUGGAUUUACCAUGACUGCAACAAGGGAAAUAAGAGAUAUUGAGACCUUACCUCCAAAUAUGCAUGAACCAAUUAUCCCUAGAGGAGCCAGGCAAGGGCCCAGUCAACUCAAGAGAACAUGCAGCAUUUUUGCAUAUGAGGAUAUCAAGGAAGUGCAUAAACGGCGGUAUCUCCUGCAGCCUAUUGCAGUUGAAGUUUUUUCUGGAGAUGGACGGAAUUACCUCCUUGCUUUUCAGAAAGGAAUUCGGAACAAAGUCUACCAAAGGUUUUUGGCAGUAGUGCCAUCUCUCACUGACAGUUCAGAAUCUGUGUCUGGGCAGCGGCCGAACACUAGUGUGGAGCAGGGAUCUGGGCUGCUUAGCACUUUGGUUGGAGAAAAGUCUGUGACGCAGAGAUGGGAGAGAGGUGAAAUCAGCAACUUCCAGUAUUUGAUGCACUUGAACACUUUGGCUGGCAGAUCCUACAAUGAUCUCAUGCAGUAUCCUGUCUUUCCUUGGAUCCUCGCAGAUUACGACUCAGAGGAAGUAGAUCUUAAUAAUCCCAAGACAUUUAGAAACCUGGCUAAGCCAAUGGGAGCACAAACAGAUGAACGGUUAGCUCAGUAUAAGAAACGUUAUAAAGACUGGGAGGAUCCUAAUGGAGAAACCCCAGCAUACCACUAUGGAACCCACUAUUCAUCUGCAAUGAUCGUAGCCUCCUACCUCGUAAGGAUGGAGCCUUUCACACAGAUAUUCUUAAGGCUACAGGGUGGCCACUUUGACCUGGCUGAUCGGAUGUUUCACAGUGUUCGUGAGGCCUGGUAUUCAGCAUCAAAGCACAACAUGGCAGACGUAAAAGAACUUAUCCCAGAAUUUUUUUACUUACCAGAAUUCCUGUUCAAUUCCAACAACUUUGAUCUAGGCUGUAAACAAAAUGGCACCAAGCUUGGAGAUGUUAUCCUUCCACCCUGGGCCAAAGGGGACCCACGAGAAUUCAUUCGAGUCCACCGUGAGGCUUUGGAGUGUGAUUAUGUGAGUGCCCAUCUGCAUGAAUGGAUUGAUUUAAUCUUUGGCUACAAACAGCAGGGUCCUGCUGCAGUAGAAGCUGUAAAUGUCUUCCAUCACCUUUUUUAUGAGGGUCAAGUGGAUAUCUACAAUAUAAAUGAUCCACUGAAGGAGACAGCCACCAUCGGCUUCAUUAAUAACUUUGGUCAGAUCCCUAAACAGUUAUUUAAAAAACCUCAUCCACCAAAACGAGUGAGGAGUCGACUUAACGGAGACAGUGCAGGAAUCUCAGUCCCACCAGGAACCACAAGUGACAAGAUCUUUUUUCCAUCAUCUAGACAAUUGAGGCCUUCUCUAACACCCAUUAAAAGCCCCAGGAAUAUAGGUCUGAUUUCCAAGAUUGUCCAGGAACAGGAGGACUGUAGGGAAGCCCUGCAGAACACCUGUCAGGGUGACAUCCCACCCAGCAGAUCUUGGAGUAACCUCAAAAGCCAAGCUUUGCUUCUGAUAUCAUUUGGUCUUUAA